CCCGGCUGCCGGGGCCGGCGGGGACAGCGGGAGGCGGAACGGGCGGGACGCGGCUGGGCGGCUCGGCGGGGCUCGGCGGCGGGUUACGGGGCACGCCGAUGCUCGCGCCUCUCUGUCGCGGGCGACGCUUCCAAGGUGGCGACAGACAAAGUUGCAGGAAAACUGAGCUCUACUCUCUCAUGGGUGAAGAACACUGUAUCGCACACCGUCAGUCAGAUGGCCAGUCAGGUGGCAAGUCCAUCUGCCUCCUUACACACUACAUCCUCCUCUACCACUCUGUCUACACCAGCAUUAUCACCAUCCUCACCAGCACAGCUGAGUCCAGACGACCUAGAAUUACUGGCUAAACUUGAGGAGCAGAACAGGCUCCUAGAAACAGAUAGCAAAUCCUUGCGAUCAGUAAAUGGGUCAAGAAGAAAUAGUGGAUCUUCUCUUGUAUCUAGUUCAUCAGCUUCUAGCAAUCUCAGCCAUCUUGAAGAAGACUCGUGGAUCCUGUGGGGGAGAAUUGUGAAUGAAUGGGAAGAUGUACGGAAAAAGAAAGAAAAGCAAGUUAAGGAGCUUGUUCGAAAAGGGAUACCUCAUCAUUUCAGAGCAAUUGUUUGGCAGCUUCUGUGUAGUGCUCAAAGCAUGCCAAUAAAGGAUCAGUAUUCAGAGCUUUUGAAAAUGACAUCUCCUUGUGAGAAACUCAUAAGAAGGGACAUUGCUAGAACAUAUCCUGAACAUGAUUUCUUUAAAGAGAAGGACAGCCUUGGGCAGGAGGUUUUAUUUAAUGUAAUGAAGGCUUAUUCUUUGGUGGAUCGUGAAGUUGGAUACUGUCAAGGAAGUGCUUUUAUUGUUGGAUUACUACUUAUGCAGAUGCCAGAGGAAGAAGCCUUUUGUGUGUUUGUUAAAUUAAUGCAAGAUUACAGACUACGAGAACUCUUUAAACCGAGCAUGGCUGAAUUGGGCCUUUGUAUGUACCAGUUUGAGUGCAUGAUACAGGAGCAUCUUCCAGAACUUUAUGUGCACUUUCAGUCUCAGAGUUUUCACACUUCUAUGUAUGCAUCAUCAUGGUUUUUAACUAUAUUUCUUACAACUUUUCCACUACCAAUUGCAACAAGAAUAUUUGAUAUCUUUAUGUCUGAGGGUUUAGAAAUAGUAUUUCGAGUAGGUUUAGCACUACUUCAGACAAACCAAGCAGAAUUACUGCAACUUGACAUGGAAGGGAUGUUACAGCACUUUCAAAAGGUCAUUCCACAUCAGUUUGACAGUGGUCCAGACAAAUUAAUCCAAGCCUCUUACCAAGUCAAAUACAAUGCAAAAAAGAUGAAAAAGUUAGAGAAGGAAUACACUACAAUAAAAACAAAAGAGAUGGAAGAACAGGUUGAAAUUAAAAGGUUGCGAACUGAAAAUAGGCUCCUAAAGCAGCGCAUUGAAACAUUAGAAAAAGAAAGUGCUUCCUUGGCAGAUAGAUUGAUACAGGGACAAGUGACAAGGGCCCAGGAGGCUGAGGAAAACUACCUCAUAAAACGGGAGCUGGCCACCAUCAAACAGCAGAGUGAUGAGGCCAAUACUAAACUGGAGCAAGCUGAGAGUACCAUCAGGGAGCUCCAACAGCAGCAGCAAUGGCAUAAAUGCAGUUCACGAUACAGUGAAGACUUUGUGCUACAGCUGGAAAAAGAGCUGGUCCAAGCCAGGCUGAGUGAAGCAGAAUCCCAUUGUGCCCUGAAGGAGAUGCAAGACAAAGUUCUAGAGAUGGAAAAGAGGAAUAGCUCUCUCCCUGAUGAGGAAAAUGUUGCUAGACUACAAGAAGAACUGAUCGCAGUAAAACUAAGAGAAGCAGAAGCUUUGACGGGUCUCAAAGAACUAAGGCAGCAAGUCAAAGAUUUGGAGGAACACUGGCAGCGUCACCUUGCUCGCACCACUGGGAGGUGGAAAGAUCCUCCAAGAAAAAAUACAGUGAAUGAGCUACAGGAUGAGCUGAUGACAGUCCGACUGAGAGAAGCAGAAACUCAGGCAGAACUGAAAGAAACCAAACAAAGAAUGAUGGAAAUGGAAACACAGAGUCAGAUCAAUAAUAACCAUUUGCGAAGGGCAGAGCUGGAGGUCACCAGCCUGCAAGAAAAGGUACAGUAUCUUACUGCACAGAACAAAGGACUUCUUGCUCAGCUGAAUGAAGCAAAGCGAAGACAAGCGGAGAUUGAAUGUAAGAGUAAAGAAGAAGUGAUGGCAGCACGGCUCCGUGAGGCAGACCGCAUAGCAGCUGUGGCUGAACUCCAGCAGCACAUUGCUGAAUUAGAAAUCCAGAAAGAAGAAGGAAAGAUUCAAGGGCAGCUUAAUAAAUCUGAUUCUAACCAGUAUAUCAGAGAACUGAAAGAUCAGAUAGCUGAGCUACAUCAUGAGAUCAAAUGCUUAAAAGGACAGAGAGACUUCUCAGACCAACCCACUUUUGAUGGGAUUCACAUUGUCAACCAUUUCACAGGAGAUGACGAGUCAUUUCAUUCUUCUGAUGAAGAUUUUAUAGCUAACUCCAUACAGGAGAGUGGGGUAGGCUUUCACUUACACAGGAGGACUGGUCAGAUGGCUUUGGAUCACACAGUUGUAGACAGCAGUGACAGUGAGACUGAAGAAAGCACACUCCAGACUGGAACCUUGGACAAGGUGGUUUCCAAACAGAGGAGAAUGGAAUCUUACUCUACUACCGUGUGAUGAUCACUGUGAGUAGCGCCUGAAGACUCUUGUGUUUCUUUAAGGAUUACGUUGUCAGAUAAUUGAAGGCAUCCAGCAGUUGGGUUAGGUAACUAUUGGAUCUGUUGUGGCCUGUGAUGCAUACACACAUGUACUGUCCAUCUGCCUUCUCUUUGCCAAAUCUUGCUAGUGACGUACCAUUGCUGUGAAACAGGCUGGGAAGAAGUUAAUGGAAGACAGUUCUGACAGUAUUACUGAAUGUUCCUUGUUUUACAAACUGCAAAUAUAUAAUUUCUUUAAAUGUGCAAGAAACCUUUUUGCUGUUCACAAGGAUGGGAAUUAUUUUCCUCAAAAGAAAUCGCUCUAGUGCAAUAUUUUAUGCUCUGAACAAAUGUGUAUGUUUUACAUCAUUACCCAUUUGUGAUAAAGAUGGACUCUAACCAUCUGAUCAUAUGGCACAUAUAUAUAUUAUGCUUCUCAACUACUUCUGUUUUAUUAAAGUUACCAAAUGCCCACAGAAGGCUUGAAAGAGGAGCCCUCAUCUAUACUACUUCCUAUAUACAAGUACUGGUCACUAAUGUCAUAAAGGUGUUUUUCACCCUUUUCACUUUAGAUUUAUGUGCAUCUGCUUUUGAUGUUGCUAAAUAAUACUUGGUCUGAAUAUAUUAACUACAAUAAUGUUUAUUUUGUACAUAUUUAUAUAACUGCACCAAGCUGAAAAUGUAUAUUAUACCAUUUUAUACGAGGAAUGUAAAUGUUGCGAUAUGACUGUCUCAUGUUCUCCCUGGAAAAUGAAUUCUGUACAUGCACACUAGAGAUGAAUUGCUGAAUAAAAGCAAAACACUAACUUGAUAUUUAGUUUUGGUCUAGCUACGCUAACAGAUUCCUGUCUAACUGAAAUGCUUGUUCAAAACACUAUUGACUGAAAUCUUCUACCUUCAUAUAUAUGUAAUGAAAAUAAAUUUUUCACAAUUUAACAAGG